CAAUUACACAGCAGGAGCGCAAAACCGUGUCGCAAAAAUUUUGCCACUUUUACGUCUGCCAAUGACAUGAUUGAUUCCGUCACGAGUGGAAUUGUUGUUCUUUAUCGUUUUGGUCUUGGAGUAGAUCGCUCACAUAAAAUUGGACAGCUGAAGAAAACUUCCCUUACUUUUGGUUCUCUCCUCGAAGUUAGUAGAUCACAGAGCUUGCACGACUCGAUAGACGCAACAUAAAGACCAAACGGUUAUCAGAACGUGGAGCGCGGAAGACCUGGCGCAGACGUAAGUGCUAUGAUGGUGCGCUCCUUUCUUCUAAUCGGUGUAGAGGAGUAGAAGUCGCACUUGCGUUGCUUGCAAGUUCUCUGGUGCUCCUGAGCAAAACAUGAGUACUACGACUGGCGCUGCGCAGGCCUCAUCCGGGGGCCGUUUCUACGGGAAGGAGGGGUUCCAGCCAAGACGCAUCCUUCGGCAGAUGAUCACUUUGCAAACCGGUUGGUACUCCGUUUUCUUCGCCGUUGCUGGUGCUUCGAAUUUGGCAGUAGGUAUCGAAUGGACGGGGGUGGCGAAGUUCUUCACCAGCACAGAAUACAAUUUCGAUACAACGUCAGGCACAGUUCUCGUCUGCUCGCAGUGGGUUGCGUCGAUCCUUUACGCUCCCUUUAUCAGCUACAUCGUGGAACGAGCGAAAAAGGUGCUGGAUUUUACGGUGACCAUUCAAUUCUGGCACCUUCUUCUCUCCCUCUACUUCGGCUUUCCUGGCCUGAGUUGGUGGGGCGUGAGCUUGGUGGGCUGCGUUGUCGGGACUUUAAUCGCAGAGGCGAUCUGCAUGCGGUGGGAGAUGCAAGAUAUUGAGCUGAAAUACUCGCCGGUAGCCACAACAACGACGAACGGAAAUCACAUAGGCGCCGAGAUGCCGGACACGCCCGGGGGCAGUCACGCGCUGCCUAACGUUAUUGGGGAGGAAAACAUGCUUAAUGACUUUGAUUCCGACAUGAGGGACAUGCAGAAAAGAGAAAACGCAAGCAAGGUCUGACAUUGCUUCUAUCUUGGUGAACUAUAUGCCCAGCGGCAUCGCGCGCACUUCAACUGUUGUAGAUCUGAUGAAGCGAGCUAUUUGAAU